AUGGAGUCCACCCCAGAGAAGCUCUCUCCCUUCGAUCUGAUGUCUGCGAUCCUGAAAGGAGUGAAGCUGGACAAUUCGAACGGGUCAUCGGAGGCGGCGCCGCCUGCGGUGGUGGCGCUGAUCAUGGAGAACAAGGACCUUAUGAUGAUGGUGGCCACCUCCAUCGCCGUGCUCGUGGGUUAUUUCCUGCUCAUGUCUUGGCGGCGCGCGGCGAAAUUGGCGAAGAAGAAGAAGGCGGAGCCGCCGAAGCCGCUGGUAACGAAGGCGGUGGCGGAGCCGGAGGAAGUGGAUGACGGGAAGAAGAAGGUUACCAUAUUCUUUGGAACUCAGACUGGAACUGCCGAAGGCUUUGCUAAGGCACUUGCAGAGGAAGCUAAAGCCAGAUAUCAGCAAGCCAAAUUUAGAGUAGUCGACUUGGAUGAUUAUGCGGCCAAUGACGAAGAGUAUGAAGAGAAGAUGAAGAAGGAGACUUUGGCCUUCUUCUUCCUGGCCACGUAUGGUGAUGGUGAGCCUACCGACAAUGCAGCCAGGUUUUACAAAUGGUUUGUAGAGGGGAAAGAGAAGGGAGACUGGCUUAAGAAUCUCAAGUAUGGUGUUUUUGGUCUUGGGAACAGGCAGUACGAGCAUUUCAACAAGAUCGCAAUUGAGGUGGACAAAAUUGUUGAAGAGUUAGGCGGACAGCGGCUGGUCCCCGUGGGUCUUGGAGAUGAUGAUCAAUGCAUUGAAGACGACUUCUCGGCAUGGCGAGAAUUGGUGUGGCCAGAGUUGGAUACAUUGUUACGCAGUGAGGAUGACACAGCUGCAGCUACGCCGUACACUGCUGCCGUUUUGGAAUAUCGUGUUGUGUUCCAUGACCAUUCGGAUGACUCGGUCUCAGUCAAAAGCUCGGCUAACGGUUAUGCAAAUGGCAAUACGGUCUAUGAUGCUCAGCAUCCGUGCAGAGUAAAUGUUGCUGUGAAGAAAGAGCUUCACACUCCAUUGUCUGAUCGUUCUUGCACUCACUUGGAAUUCGACAUAGCUGGAACUGGAUUAGCGUACGAAACAGGUGAUCAUGUUGGUGUCUACUGCGAGAACUCAGUUGAGACAGUAGAGGAAGCAGAGAGGCUGCUUAACUUACCCCCACAGAUGUUUUUCUCAAUCCACACUGAUAAAGAAGACGGGACCCCACUUGGUGGAAGCUCGUUGCCACCGCCUUUCCCUCCUUGCACUCUAAGGACGGCUUUAACUCGAUAUGCCGAUCUUUUGGGUGCUCCCAAGAAGUCUGCUUUGAUUGCUUUAGCAGCUUAUGCUUCUGAUCCAAGCGAAGCUGAUCGGCUCAAACACCUUGCUUCUCCCGCUGGAAAGGAAGAAUAUGCACAGUAUGUAGUUACAAGCCAAAGAAGUUUACUGGAGGUCAUGGGUGAGUUCCCGUCAGCCAAACCUCCUCUUGGUGUUUUCUUCGCUGCAGUUGCUCCCCGUCUGCAGCCCAGAUUUUAUUCUAUUUCAUCCUCCCCAAAAAUUGCAUCAUCAAGAAUCCACGUGACUUGUGCACUGGUGUAUGAGAAAACUCCUACAGGACGAAUUCACAAAGGUGUUUGCUCGACAUGGAUGAAGAAUGCAUUGCCUAUGGAGGAAACCCUUGACUGCUCGUCUGCACCAGUUUUUGUUCGAACCUCUAAUUUCAGGCUUCCUUCUGAUCCUAAAGUACCAAUUAUAAUGAUCGGCCCUGGAACUGGCUUGGCUCCAUUUAGAGGUUUUCUCCAGGAAAGGUUAGCUUUGAAGGAAUCCGGUGCUGAAUUGGGUCCUGCCAUAUUAUUUUUCGGAUGCAGGAACAGCAAAAUGGAUUUUAUUUACGAAGAUGAGUUGAACAACUUCGUCAAAGCUGGAGUUAUUUCUGAGCUCGUCCUUGCCUUCUCGCGCGAGGGCCCAACUAAGGAAUAUGUUCAACACAAAAUGACACAGAAGGCUUCAGAUGUGUGGAGCAUGAUCUCCCAAGGAGGGUAUGUUUAUGUGUGUGGCGAUGCUAAGGGCAUGGCACGUGACGUCCAUCGAACUCUCCACAACAUUGUGCAAGAGCAGGGAUCUCUGGACAACUCGAAAACCGAAAGCUUUGUGAAGAAUCUGCAGAUGACUGGAAGGUACUUGCGUGACGUGUGGUGA